AUGGAUCAUGAGGUUGAAAAGCAUGUGUGCCGGAAUUUCGAGAUUCUGAAACGGAUAGGAAAAGGGGCUUAUGGAAUAGUUUGGAAAGCGAGGCACAAAAAGUCAAAUACGUAUGUGGCCCUUAAAAAGAUUUUUGAUGCGUUUCGAAAUAAAACUGAUGCACAGCGAACAUUUCGAGAAAUUAUAUUUUUACAGGAGUUUUCUGGGCAUCCAAACAUAAUUAAACUCUUGGGCGUUAUUAGAGCUCAAAAUGAUAAAGAUAUGUACCUCGUUUUUGAGUACAUGGAAACUGAUCUGCACAAGUUAAUAAAAAGGGGCAAUAUUUUGCGGAGUGUUCAUAUGAAGUAUAUAACCUACCAAAUUUUAAAGGCUAUUAAAUACAUACAUUCUGCCGAUGUUAUACAUCGUGAUCUUAAACCGUCAAACAUUCUGCUUGACUCUGAUUGUAAUGCGAAGGUGUGUGAUUUUGGUCUCACCCGUUCUUUGUCGCGAAAUAAUGCACCAAAUGGUAAAAAUAAUGCUCCCGAUCUGGACAAUCCGGAACUGACCGAGUACGUGGCUACUCGAUGGUAUCGAGCACCCGAGAUUUUGCUUUCCUCUACUCACUAUACCAAAGGUGUUGAUAUGUGGUCGAUUGGUUGCAUUUUGGCAGAAAUUUUUAUUGGUAAAGCCCUCUUUCCUGGGACAUCUACAUUAAACCAGUUGGAAAAGAUCAUGUCCAUUGGUCCAAAGCCGAGCCGUGAAGACAUCCUUUGCCUUCGCUCUGACUACGGCACUUCGAGUAGACGGCGGCUGGAAGAUGUAGUCACUCCUGUUCCCGAACCAAAUGCGCUCGACAUGGUUCGCGGACUCCUUCAACUCAAUCCUAACAAACGCCUUACGGCGUCUCAAGCUCUCGAACAUCCCUACGUCUCCCAAUUUCGAGAUCCUGAAAGUGAAAUUGUGAUGGACCACGUUGUUGUACCGCCUCUAAGUGACAGCAAAAAACUUGGCAUCUCAGAAUACCGCUCUCGUCUUUACAAUAUGAUCCAUGAAACAAAAUCUAACAGACAACGAAUGACAAAGCAGGACUCAUCCGACAGUGGAAGCGCAUUCAGAGAUAAUACUGAAAACGACUCUACUAUGUCCCCUUCGCAAUCCACAGGCUCAAGUACUAUUUCUCUAGAAGAUGGUAGCUCUAUCACUACUACCACCGCGAACACUACCACCUCCACUGAGACAUCAGCAACAUCCCCAUCGACAGUGUCUAGAUCUCGAAUUGUUGCUCCGCCUUCUCCACACCAUCCCAUCCAUUUGCCUCCUGCUAAACAACGCUCUGAAAAUUCCAAACCAUCCAAUGCCAAGUUUCAACAACGGUCUUCCUACGAGAAUGCGGACAAGGUUCCACUCAAACCAAUAACAAUGACAUGGAUGCCCAAUCAGGAGAACAGGAAAACGGUUGAGUGGAUUAAUCGUACUCGAAAACGUCAAGUUUAUCCAGACACCUUGGUGAAAAAUUCGCAUCAAAGCCAUCAGAUGAGACCAUCCAGACGACCUGUGGGACGUGGAGAUGCUGGAGUAAGAUGUUCACAGUCCUCCUUUCCCACGACAACAACUGCAACCACUAAAACCACAACAACGACGACAACGACAAUGUCAACCUCUUUCACCAAAUCCUAUGACAUUCCUAUGAUUCUUCGUGGCAACGAAAAUCGUGUGGGCAGUGAUGGCAACCUCACACGCAAUGCCCACCUUCCCGUUGGUCGGCAAAAAACAACCACCGGUGAAGGGCACUACGAGGCUUGGAGACGAGGAGGACAGAGGAGUGCCAGUUCGGGUCCUCUUCACCUACCACCGUCUAAUCCUGCCAACACCGUGACGCAUGGUCGACUUCAUCGUGCACUCGCAGCUCGCCCAUGGAUUGCCUAA